UUGAGAAGACGGGGAGGUUCUCUCUCUCUCUCUCUCUCUAAUUUCCAUUUGGUUUGUCAUCUUCUUUGGUUGGUUGGGUGACUCUAUUCCCUUCCCUUAUUAUGUCUCUCUUUCUUUCAUUCUCUUGUUCACAAAUGUUAAAAUGUUCAACUCUCUCAUCACCAUUGAAUAAAAUUUGAUUACUUCAAUUUCCCAUCUCUCUUUCUUCCUCUAUUGCUCUCUCAAGCUGUAUAAAGACCAGCAGAGGAGGAAAAAAGAUAUAGCCCAUAAAGGAAGUCUUAUUUGUAGUGAAGAGGGAACAUUUAGGAAAGAUAGAUUACACCUUUUUUUAAGAGAAUGAAUGGUCUCACACAUCUUCAGCCUGAUUCUUCUGAGUUUGUUGAAGUUGAUCCAACUGGAAGAUAUGGCAGAUACAAUGAAGUUCUAGGCAAAGGAGCUUCUAAGAUAGUGUAUGAAUCCAAGUUUUUAUCUUCCCUUGAUUUGUUUAUAUACCCAUUUGAGAUUUAUCAAGUUUUUUGUACAUUUUUUUUCAGCUGAUUUAUAUUGAUUUUGGGCAAUAUUUGAACUUUGAACAAAUGGGUUGGUGACUGAUUUUGUGUUUGUUGAUGUUUUGAUGAAAGCAGUUAUAGAGCAUUUGAUGAGUAUGAAGGGAUUGAAGUUGCUUGGAACCAGGUCAAGCUUUAUGAUUUCCUGCAAAGUCCUGAAGAUCUUGAAAGACUCUACUGCGAAAUUCAUCUCCUCAAGACAUUGAAGCACAAGAACAUUAUGAAGUUCUACGCUUCUUGGGUUGAUACUGCAAAUAGAAACAUCAACUUUGUUACUGAAAUGUUCACUUCUGGGACUUUAAGACAGUAUAGGUUAAAGCACAAGAGAGUUAACAUUAGAGCAGUGAAGCAUUGGUGUCGGCAGAUCUUGAAAGGGCUCUUCUAUCUCCAUAGCCAUGACCCUCCUGUGAUUCAUAGAGAUCUCAAGUGUGACAAUAUUUUUGUAAAUGGGAACCAAGGAGAAGUGAAGAUUGGAGAUCUAGGCCUUGCUGCUAUCCUUAGAAAGUCUCAUGCUGCUCACUGUGUUGGGACACCAGAGUUCAUGGCUCCAGAAGUGUAUGAAGAGGCAUAUAAUGAAUUAGUUGACAUAUAUUCAUUUGGCAUGUGCAUUUUGGAAAUGGUCACCUUUGAAUAUCCAUAUAGUGAAUGCACUCAUCCUGCUCAAAUUUACAAGAAAGUUGUCUCUGGUAAAAAACCAGAUGCUUUGUACAAAGUGAAGGAUCCGGAAGUGCGACAAUUUGUUGAGAAAUGCCUGGCUACUGUGUCCCUUAGGCUUUCUGCUAGGGAGUUGUUGAAUGACCCUUUUCUCCAAAUUGAUGAUUGUGAAUCUGAUUUGAGCUUGCUACAUUAUGGGAGAGAAACCAACGACGUGGGCCCUCUUUUAAGGCAUCCUUAUCUUGAACUCCACCAUGGUAACAAUUCCUUCAGUAAUGGAUACUCGAAUGAUUAUGGUUAUGAAACCCACAAUGAGUGGGGGCAUCAUCCAGUUGAGGUUGAACCAAAUGGAAUUGAACUUUUUGAGUAUCAUGAUGAUGACGAUCAUUCUGCUAACCUUGACAUUAGUAUCAAGGGGAAAAGGAGAGAUGAUGAUGGUAUCUUUUUAAGACUCAGAAUUGCGGAUAAAGAAGAUCGUAUCCGGAACAUAUAUUUCCCUUUUGACAUUGAAACAGAUACCGCAUUGAGCGUGGCAACUGAAAUGGUUGCGGAGCUGGAUAUUACUGACCAAGAUGUGACUAAAAUAGCAGACAUUAUUGAUGGGGAGAUUGCUUCCUUGGUACCUGAAUGGAGGCCAGGGCCAGGAAUAGUAGAAACACCUCCAUUUGCAGAUCAAAAUUUCUGUCUUAAUUGUGCUUCCAACCGGACAUCUACUGGCUCCCUCAUGGAUUAUCUUUCUAAUAAUCAUGGUGCCAAGAACCUGCAACUCCUUCAAUGUUGUAGGAAUGGAUGUGCUUCAAUGCAUGGCCGGUUUGAAGAGAUUACCUUUGAAGCUGAAGAAUCUGAGCAUCAUGUGACUGAAGGUGCAUCCCAAUCAGACUGCCUACAUUAUCAGGAAAUUUGGGGUCAACAUGAAAGCCGAGAACUUAGUUCAGUUGAGUCUGGACAUAGCCAUUCUGAUGAAGAAUAUGAAAAAUCCGAUCAGUUGUUUGCAGCCUUGGACGAGAAAGACAUGAAAGAAGAAAGAAAUAUUGAAAUGAAUGCAAGAAAGUCAAUUAGACACUUGGAUAGUUCUCGUUCUUUCUCUGUGGUUCCUUCGGUGUAUUGUGACCUAUCAGACAACCAUGAGAAGGAAAUGCAGCAGGAAUUGAGAUGGCUUAAGGCAAAGUAUCAGAUGAAAUUGAGGGAACUUAAAGAUAAACAAUUGGGAGGUGCAUCAAAAUCUUCAAGUUUUAGCAACAAAGAAAACAAAACAAGUAAUGGCAUUUUGUCACAUGUCUUAUCAAACCCUUUACAAACAACCAAAAAUGGAGUUCACUUGCAACAUUUAAGUUCAAUUUGCCAUGAUCUUGUCAAUAAGAGCCGCCACCCCAAUUUGGACACCCAAAGGGCCCGAAAUUGCGAGGCGAUAGAGGAAUCCUCUAGAGCGCAGAAAUUGGUCAAUGCCAGCAAUUUUCAUACUGGAUCUUUGCUUCCACUCUCUCUUCACAGGACAACAUCCCUCCCAGUUGAUGCUAUUGAUUUAUAAAAUCUGUAAGGCACUCUUUGAUUCUUUUAAACAUUCAAUACACUUAUAGAGGCUUUGUAAUUAUCAAUCCACCCUUUUGGCCAAGUAAUAACAUAUUCACCUUCAAGUUUCUACCUAGCACACUCUCUCAAAAAAUUCAUUCAUAGUCAAUCUAACUUUUAAGGCAAAUGUGAUAGAGAUGUAGGGUCUGAUAACAUCCCCAUGCUAACCUGGUAAUAUUUUAUCAAUCAUCUGUUUUGUAUUACUUUAUC